UUGCCUGUGAUUGUGUUGGCUCCGUCUUAUUGCGCAGACGUGUCGUCAUACUGUACUGGGCAAAAAGGACACAUGUUCAUGAAUCUGAUUUAUUCACGGGUAAAAUAUCAAUAGAAUAUGUCGUCGUUAUACAAACCGUUUUCUGUUUCGGAGUGGCCGUGUAAAGAUGCUGUUUUGAAACGAGGAUGCACACCGCAACCGCAUCACGCGGCGUUGACCCGGAUUCCCUCCGAACCAUGUUAUGGAGCUGGAUGGGGCUCGACUUUUACCCCAGUUCCCAAUAUUUAUCCAGGUCAAAGAAAUUUAGCGGCCGCCGCCAUCGGAGGGAGAAAAAAUACGCAUCCCUGGAAAGCUAUCUUGGCAGGUGGCAUUGCAGGUGGCAUUGAGAUCUGCAUCACCUUCCCUACAGAGUACGUAAAGACCCAGCUACAACUAGAUGAAAGAGCAAACCCUCCUCGGUAUAGAGGCAUAGGAGACUGUGUGAAGCUGACAGUGCAAGAUCAUGGAUUGAGAGGUCUUUACAGAGGGCUUAGCUCAUUGCUCUAUGGAUCCAUCCCGAAAUCGGCAGUACGGUUUGGAAUGUUUGAGGUCCUUAGUAACCCAAUGAGAGAUGCCACGGGUCGACUGGACAAUAAAGGAAGUUUGCUAUGUGGGCUCGGAGCAGGAAUAGCUGAGGCAGUUUUAGUGGUCUGCCCGAUGGAGACAGUGAAGGUAAAGUUCAUUCAUGACCAGUGCUCUCUGAGGCCACGCUACAGAGGGUUCUUCCAUGGUGUGCGAGAAAUGAUCAGAGAUCAAGGUUUUCGAGGAACAUAUCAAGGACUGACUGCUACACUUCUGAAACAGGGUAGCAACCAGGCUAUACGAUUUUAUGUAAUGAACUUGUUGCGCAACUGGUACAAAGGUGAUGAUCCUGCUCGUGACAUGCAUCCAUUGGUUACAGCAUUGUUUGGUGCAACAGCCGGGGCAGCGAGUGUUUUUGGGAACACGCCGCUUGAUGUGGUGAAGACUAGAAUGCAGGGUUUGGAGGCUCAUCGCUACAAGAGCACAAUGGACUGCGCUUUCCAGAUUCUGAAGAACGAGGGCCCUCAAGCGUAUGUUCAAAAAUGUUCUACAAAGGCACAGUCCCACGACUGGGCCGGGUGUGUCUGGACGUAGCCAUUGUCUUUGUUCUCUACGAGGAGAUUGUGAAGCUACUGAACAAAAUCUGGAGAACAGACUGAAGAUGGACUAGGCCAAAGUAUGCACAGAA